UUUGGUGCAAAAUUCAAAGAUUUGAAAUUUGUGUUUGUAAACAAUUGCCAUGUGAAUUAUUCAUAAAAAUUACUCUGUUAUUGUUAUGAACAUUAACAAUAUAGUUGAAUGAAAGUAAUGUAUAACUGAAUAAGCUUAAAAUAUAUGGAAGCUGAUAUAUUUAACGGAUUUAUAUCAGAGGAUGGUAGUCCUCACCUAGGACGGAAUGUUGUUAUACAUUCGUGCAAUGAACAAGAAAGUAGUAGCUCACCAUUUUUCCCCCAGAUUAAUCAGGGAAGGACAAAUGAUAAGCGUGCAGAAAGAAUUAGUAACGAUAUUUAUCGGGAGAAAUAUCGGAAAUUAAAGAAGGUGGCGAAGGGUUUUGUGUUUGAAAAUGCCUCUCUGUGUGAUGAAGUUGCUCGUUUGCAGGAGAAAAUUGUAAGAGCAAAAGAAGAGAGGCGGUUCCUUUUGAGAAAACUUUUGAAUUUUCAGUCAUCAAAGAUGGUUCUGCUCAGACUAAUCCUAUUGUUGGAUUACCUGUUACGGUUACUGCCUCCAGGAAAAGCUGUAAGUGGUGAUACUUCAGAAUCACAACCUAAGAAAAAGAACCCGGUGAAGAAACGGCCAGCUCCGAAAACAACAGAUGAAAACCCCAAACCUAGACCUAAAAAGAAAAGGGUUCCUGCUGAUAAACGAAUUGUCACUCCAAUACCUCUAGACUGUGCAGGACGUCCUAUAUUUCCUAUUGUGCUGGGAUCUUUAACAAUUCACAGCUUAGGAGUUAUAGUUCCUGAUAGACUGGGAUAUCAUACUGAAAACUGUAUCUAUCCCGUUGGGUUCUGUAGUUCUAGAACAUAUGCAAGUUUAAAAAAUCCCACUGUACUUUGUUUAUAUCAAUGCACUGUUACAGACAGUCCAUUUGGGCCACGAUUUGAAAUAACUCCUGAAGAUGAUCCCGGUCGUACUCUUGUGGGAAGUUCUCCUAAUGAAGUUCACAGUGCUCUUUUAAAAGCUAUCAAUAAUGUUUGUGGGAAGGAUAUUGUGAGCACUGAAGGUCAAGGAGCAAAAUUUUUUGGUUUAUCUCAUCCUACUGUACAGAAUUUGAUUCAGAGUUGUGCAGGUGCUCGCAAGUGUUCUGAUUAUCGUUGGGUCCAGUUUGAAGUAGCCAAGCCUCCUGAUGGUGAAGAUGAUAUUACAAUCAAGGACUUUGACCCUACUGUAAAUUUUGAUGUUCUUAUGCAUAUGGUAAAAGAAGGCACUCAGUUGUCUUGAUUUCACCAAUUGUAAGUCCAUAAAAUAAAUACAUAUUUUUUGUGAAUAAAGAGAUAGUAAUUUUGUGAACAAAAA